CAGCCCGCAUCCUGGACUCUGCGUUCACAGAGCGGAGCCUCCCACUCCUCAGCCUGCUAUGGGAUGGACAACGAAGAAGAGAACCACUAUGUGUCACGUCUCAGGGACGUCUACAGCAGUUGUGACACCACAGGGACUGGGUUUCUGGAUCAGGAAGAGCUGACCCAGCUAUGUACUAAGCUUGGCCUGGAGGAGCAGCUGCCAGCACUCCUUCACAUUCUUCUUGGAGAUGACCGCUUGGCCAGGGUUAACUUUGAGGAAUUCAAGGAAGGCUUUGUGGCUGUGCUGUCAUCUGGUUCUGGCAUAGAACCCUCUGAUGAGGAAGGUAGUUCUUCAGAGUCAGCUACUUCCUGUGCUGUCCCUCCAAAGUACAUGAGUGGCUCUAAGUGGUAUGGCCGUCGGAGCCUACCUGAGCUCGCUGACUCUGCCACCACAACCAAAUACGGAUCAGAACAGCAGGCCAAAGGCAGUGUGAAGCCUCCGCUGAGACGCUCUGCAUCUCUGGAAAGUGUGGAGAGCCUCAAAUCAGAUGAAGACGCUGAGAGUGCUAAAGAGCCUCCGAAUGAAUUAUUUGAAGCACAAGGCCAGCUGCGAUCCUGGGGUUGUGAGAUCUUCGGGACACCCCGCAAAUCCUGUAGCCCCUCCUUCAACACUCCUGAGAACCAGGUCCAGGGCAUCUGGCAUGAGCUGGGGGUUGGAAGCAGUGGUCACCUGAAUGAGCAGGAGCUGGCUGUGGUCUGCCGAAGCAUCGGGCUCCAUGGUCUUGAGAAACAGGAACUUGAAGAACUGUUCAGCAAACUGGACCAAGAUGGAGAUGGCAGAGUGAGUCUUGCAGAGUUUCAGCUUGGCCUGUUUGGUCAUGAGCCUCCUUCGCUUCCAGCAUCUUCCAGUUUGAUCAAACCAAACAGGCCUUGGUCUCAUUAUCAGGAGGAGAGCGGCUGCCAGACCACCACAACCUCAUCCCUCGUGUCUGUGUGCUCUGGCCUGCGCCUGUUCUCCAGUGUCGACGAUGGCAGUGGCUUUGCCUUUCCCGAGCAGGUCAUCUCCGCAUGGGCCCAGGAGGGCAUUCAGAAUGGCAGGGAGAUCUUGCAGAGCCUGGACUUCAAUGUGGAUGAGAAGGUGAACCUCUUGGAGCUGACCUGGGCCCUUGACAAUGAACUCCUAACAGUUGAUGGUGUCGUCCAGCAGGCAGCCCUGGCCUGCUACCGCCAGGAACUGAGCUACCACCAAGGGCAAGUGGAGCAGCUGGUACAGGAGCGGGACAAGGCGAGGCAGGACCUGGAGAAAGCUGAGAAGAGGAACCUGGACUUUGUGCGAGAAAUGGAUGACUGCCACUCAGCCCUGGAACAACUGACAGAAAAGAAAAUCAAGCACCUAGAGCAAGAGUACAGGGGAAGGCUGAGCCUCCUGCGGUCCGAGGUAGAGAUGGAGCGGGAGCUGUUCUGGGAGCAAGCCCGCAGGCAGAAAGCCAUGCUGGAGCAGGAUGUGGGCCACCUCCAGGCGGAGGAGACCAGUCUCCGAGAGAAACUGACAUUGGCUCUGAAGGAAAACAGUCGAUUGCAGAAGGAGAUCAUAGAAGUGGUAGAAAAGCUUUCGGACUCAGAGAAGCUGGUCCUGCGUCUGCAGAGCGACCUCCAGUUUGUGCUGAAGGACAAGCUGGAGCCUCAGAGCAUGGAACUCCUGGCCCAGGAAGAGCAGUUCACAGCCAUCCUGAACGAUUAUGAACUUAAGUGCAGGGACCUACAGGACCGCAAUGAUGAGCUGCAAGCAGAGUUGGAAGGCCUGCGGGCGCGGCUGCCCAGGAGUCGACAGAGCCCCUCAGGGACCCCAGGCACCCAUAGAAGGAGGAUCCCUGGACGUGGCCCAGCAGACAAUCUGUUUGUGGGUGAGUCUACUCCAAUGAGUUUGGAGACAGAGAUAAUGAUGGAGCAGAUGAAAGAACAUUACCAAGAGCUCAGGAUGCAGCUGGAGACCAAGGUAAAUUACUAUGAGAAGGAAAUUGAGGUCAUGAAGAGAAAUUUUGAGAAGGAUAAAAAGGAGAUGGAGCAGGCAUUCCAGCUUGAGCUCAGCGUACUGGAGGGCCAGAAGGCAGAUCUGGAGGCCCUGUAUUCCAAGUCACAGGAGGUCAUCCUGGGCCUGAAGGAGCAGCUGCAGGAUGCAGCACGAAGCCCUGAGCCUGUGCCGGCUGGGCUGGCCCACUGCUGUGCACAGGCCCUGUGCACUCUGGCCCAGCGGCUAGAAGUGGAAAUGCACCUGCGACACCAGGACCAGCUACUGCAGAUAAGGAGAGAGGCUGAAGAAGAGCUGAACCAGAAGCUGUCAUGGCUAGAAGCUCAGCAUGCUGCCUGCUGUGAGAGUCUGUCGCUGCAGCAUCAAUGUGAGAAGGACCAGCUGCUGCAGACACACCUGCAGCGAGUGAAGGACCUGGCUGCUCAGCUUGCCUUGGAGAAGGGGCGGCGGGAGGAAAGGGAACAGGAGGUCCUGGCACACUGUCGGAGGCAGCAAUUGAAGCUGCAGGCUGUGAUGAGUGAAGAGCAGGCACGGAUCUGCAGAUCAUUCACCCUGGAGAAGGAGAAGCUAGAACAAACCUACAGGGAGCAAGUAGAGGGACUUGCCCAGGAGGCAGACGUGCUGCGUGCUCUCUUGAAGAAUGGAACCACUGUGCUGAGUGACCAGCAGGAGAGGACACCCAGCUCCAUGUCCCUGGGUCCAGACAGCAGGCAGGAGCCACCAGCCUGGCAAGCUGUCAGCCCUGAUGGAAGGACAGAGGCACCAGCAGAGUGGCCUGGCCUAGGGAGAGCUGAGGGCAGGGAUCUUCCUGGCCAGCCUUGUAGUAUAGAUGCCAUACCAAGCCCAACCCUUACCCGACUGUCCAGAAGGCCCUCAGAGAACCUGGGUGUCAGAGACAAUCAUCAGGGUCCACUCAGUGCUGAGGAGGGAGCUAUCCCAAAGGAGCCAGAACCUUCUGCCAGGACCUUAACAGGCCAAGGCCAGAAGCUGCCCUUGCCUAUUCAGCCACAAAUGCUGGAGCCAUGGUUAGGCCCAGCCUCUCUGGACAGGAAGCCAGCCUCUGUUGGGGUUCAUGGACAGGCUUCAGAAGGGCCUACUAGGAAUGGUGAAGGUGUCCAAGAGGCGUGGCUCCAGUUCAAGGAAGAAGCUGCAAGGAUGAGACCCUCAGUGCCCUGCUCUGAGCUCCCAAAGCCACAAGAGGCCAAAGUGAUGUCAGAGAGUGAGAUGAAUGAUGUGAAGACCAAACUUCUACAGCUGGAAGAUGUUGUCCGGGCUCUUGAAAAGGCAGAUUCCAGAGAGAGUCACAGGGCUGAGUUACAAAGGCUUUCUGAAGAAAACUUUGUGUUGAAAAGUGACCUGGGGAAAAUUCAACUGGAACUGGAAACUUCAGAGAGCAGAAAUGAAGUGCAGAGGCAGGAAAUUGAGGUCUUAAAGAGAGACAAGGAGCAGGCCUGCUUUGACCUGGAAGAGCUCAGCACACAGACUCAGAAAUACAAGGAUGAAAUGUCACAGCUCAACUGCAGGAUCCUCCAGCUAGAAGAUUCCUCUGCUCCCCAUACCCAGAAGGAAGAAAAUCACAUUGCUAUUAAGGUGUUAAUGAAGAAGCUGGAGGAGGCAGGGUGCCUGGAGAAACAGCAGGGUAAUCAAAUCCAAAACCUGAAAAUUGAACUAGAACGUGUGAAUGAGGAAUGCCAGUGCUUAAGACUGUCACAGGCGGAGCUGACAGAAAGCCUCAAAGAAAGUCGAGGCCAGCUACACAGUGUCCAGCUGAGGCUGGAGGCAGCUCAGUCCCAGCAUGAGCAGAUUGUCCAGCGCAUGCAGGAACAGGUGAGUCAGUUGGUUCCUGGAGCCCGUGUAGCUGAGCUGCAGCACCUGCUCAACCUCAAGGAAGAGGAGGCUGGGAGACUAAAUGCACAGCAGGAAGAAUACAGGCAGCUACUGAAGGCCAGGGAGGACCAGGUGGAGGAUGCCGAGGCUCGGUUCCGCAACGUGGAGUGGCUGCUACAGGAGAAGGUGGAGGAGCUCAGGAAACAGUUUGAGAAGAAUACCAGAACUGAUCUGCUGCUCAAGGAACUGUAUGUGGAAAAUGCUCACCUCAUGAAAGCUGUUCAGCUCACAGAAGAGAAGCAGCGAGGAGCCGAGAAGAAAAACUGUGUCUUGGAAGAAAAAGUUCGAGCUCUCAACAAACUUAUCAGUAAGAUGGCACCUGCAUCACUUUCUGUAUAGAGGCUGCUAGUCCUUGGAGUUCAUGUGAAGGAAUGUCUUUUUAAAUAAUGCUACUCUGAUGCCAUAAUUUUCUAUGGCUCACUAGCUACACUCCCUGGAUAUCAGGACUGAUUCCUGUUCACCUGACAAACAUUCAGUGAAUGUCUACUAUGUGCCAGGUUCUGGGAAAACAGGCAGGGUACAGUCACUUUUGGCCAAGAGUCUUGGGUAACAUCCUGGGUUGAAGUCACCAAACUUGAUCUUACUGAAGAAAAAACAAACAAACAAAAAACCAAAACUCAGACCCUCAGCAAAGAACAGUGGAGAGAAAGUAGCCGAGUACUUUGAGCGUUGAGCUUUGAGCUAGAAGUGCAGAAUCGGGUUUUAGUGACUUAGCAAUUCGCUGUCCUGUGUGGGCCGUCAUCAGAGCCCCCCUUGUGGGGCAGUACACACCCCCAGGAAGAGGGCAUUCCCCAGCAGUCCUCUGCUGCUCCUGGGGGUGGAAGAAGCUGGCACCCGAGGUAAUGGGCUCAGGGAUAGCAGUGUUCAGUGAAAGUGCAAUCUCAUUACAAAAAAUGCUGUCACACUGGAAAUUGUACAUUUUUUUAAAGAAAAGGUAUAGUUUUAUAACUGAGAUGUACCUCAAUUAUGACUAUUUGGUUUGUGAGUAUUCUACUGUGAUAUGAAAAAGUUCCUGUAUUUUCAAUAACUUUUUUAUUAAAAUUGAUUUAACUCUU